GUGGUGGUGAGAUUCAAAACUAUGCUCAGGUUUGUGUAAGAGAGAGAGAGAGAGAGAGAGAGAGAGAGAGAGAGAGAGAGAGAGAGAGAGAGAGAGAUGGCUGUAAUUGAAUCAAAUCCUUCAAUUUGGGAAGAAAUCGAGCGCUCCGAGAGCUACCUUGUUUGUUCAAUGUAUUCGGAGGCAGAAUCAUUAGCUUCGUCCAUAUUGAAGCGUCUUUGUAACGAUGAUGGUAAAAGCAUUUUUGAAGUCGGAGAAGAAGAUGUUGGAUUCCGUGACAUGUUGGAGUCGACCGGUAUGGUGUUAGUCCAAUCCUUGAAGGCACUAGGAAGGACAUCAGAAAUUCUGAAUCAACUUAAACUACUAUACGUGUCUGUUACAGCUAUCCCUGUUCAAGUUCUACUUACUGGGGCUUGUUUUCAGAUAUCAGAUGGUUCUUCUUUUGGUGUUCGAGAAUUUCUUGAGGAGUUCCUUAGCAAGUGGAAUUGUGUGGAUGAACAAUACUAUGGUCUUGUUGGUGCAGAAGCAAAUGUAGAUUGUAUGGCAAGAUUUGAGAGGCAUUUUAUUUUGGGAGUUGAUGAAUAUGUGGAAGUUGUUGAGGUCUAUGCUGUGAUGCUACUUGCAACAGUUUUACAAGAUAUGCACCUCGCUAUCUCGUGGGUUGAGAAAGCUGCACUACCUGAGGAAAAACGACAGGUACUUCUGAGGAAAUUGCACUCCCUGCAUUCUCUUAAAGCCACCAACUUGUCACAAGGGUCCUCACCUCUGCCGACAGAUAACCAUGAUGGCCAUUUAUCUUCACAGAAAGAACUGAAUGUGUCUGAGGGUUCUCAAAAAGCCUUAAAAGCCACGCACCCACCUAAUCAAAGGAAUGUUAAAAAACAAGCAGUUUUAAAAUUGUCUGAACGAAUGGAGCCAUAUUUCUGGUGGUUUCGUACCAUCACUUUGAAGUUUGGUAAUGCUCGAUUGGUCAUAUCUAAUGGAAAGAUUAUGCUGGGCUGUUUGAUCCUGCUCAUGUUUUAUGUUCUCCGAAGGAAAAAAGCUGCUUUGAAGAGGACUGUUACAAGACAAGCGCUGUUCUUGAAAGGAGCUCUGGUAGAUUUGUGGAAGCUUGCAUUUUCAUACCAAGUGAAUCCUCUAGCUGCUGUUCAACCUCUGGCUACUGCAACACGAGGACAGUGACAUAAAUUUUUAGUCAUUAUGCUCUUUAGGUGUCCAAUACAGGUAUAAAUACAGAUAUCUUCAAAUGAACAGCCUCGAUUCUAAAGAGGCAAUGUUGUUUUAGUAUGGAUCUUGUAUUUCCUCUUGUCAAUAAUGCCAUGCUAUUGUAAUCAUGAUUCAUGAACUGGUAUGAAUUAAAUAUUUAACAAACAGGUGCAAUUUCUAUGUUUAA